ACUACGGUGGCUCAACAAACCCGACAGAAAAGUUCAAAGCUACAAAGUAGCUCUCAAAAAUGAAAGUAAAAUAGGGGUAACAAUUGAUCCUCUACCCGUGAUCUACCAAAUAAAUCCAAGAUGAUGUGCAGGGGAUUUUACAGGGGGUUGCGUUACAAGGCUCAAGCCGGCGGGACCCAUCCCCCCUGGAAUGGGAACGGCAGCCAGCAAAGCAUAAGACAGGAAGAUAACAUCAGGAUCGGUUUUGGAGCAGCGUACUUGAACACCGAGUGCUCACCGACAGAAAAUAGGUCAGCGCACUUGUUAAACCAAAGUGGAACCUUUGACAGCCUUAUAAGACCACUACAAUGGAAAUGGGACGGUUGGAGAAGCAUUAUACAGAAGAAGCGCUGGGAGUCAUCCAAUGGCAAAGAUAAAAACCAUACAUCACAGGAUGCGCUGGAAUGGGGUACAGCUCUUAUGUUUAGCCUUCAUCUGUGCCGAGCAGUAACGGCAGCAACACUACCGGAUGAUAGCAGUGAUGGGAAAAAGAAACUCCUACAUGCACUUGCAGAUAAACUUCCUACCAUACUGUCAAAACCGGCUAGGACCUUGAGCUUAGUGAGUCAACAGAACAAAGAGAAAGCGGUCAAGGUUGAGACUCCACAAAAAGAGGUUCCCGAAUCAGCUGCUGUAUCAGCUUUUGAUACUGCCAUGGCCAAGCUCCUAGCCGUUACUGAUGAUAGUAUUGGCCAAGCCCACAAUUACCUUGGAGUGCAACAAGCACAAGAGGGCCACCUUGAGAAAGCUGUCCAGCACUUCACUCAGGGUAGUCAAGUGGGAUUCAGCAAGGCUACAUUUAACCUGGCCGUCUGCUAUGAGCAGGGUAGAGGGGUGGAUCAAGAGCUUGAAAAGGCUGCUGAUCUGUACCAGAAGGCUGCAAUGCAGGGUCAUCCUAGAGCAAACUAUAACCUGGGAGUUUUCCAUCUGAAUGGUAUCGGUGGAGUCAAACAGGACGUCACCUUAGCCAUGAAGUUUAUUCACUCUGCAGCGGCAGCGGGAAUCAAACAGGCAAACAGUUACUUAGGUAUCCACUUCCUGAACAGUACAAGUGAUAAAGAUGUGGGAAAAGCAGCUUCAUUUCUACAGAAAGCUGUGAAAAAACAAGACACGGAGGCUCAGUACCACCUGGGUCUUUGCUAUGAACAUGGUUGGGGUGUUCCUAUGAAUACUGCCAUGGCAGCAUCCCUAUAUCACAAAGCAGCUCAGAGCAGCCACCCAGUGGCUCUACAUAGUCUGGCAAGAUUCCAUGAAAUGGGCUUAGGAGGUUUACCAACGAAUAGAGAACAAGCGUUGGAACUUUAUGAACAAGCCAGCCAAGGAGGCCAUCAACCAGCUUCAGAAUAUAUACAGAAACUCAAAUGCACUAGAUCCAUUUCCAACACCCAAAUAUCAAAUGUCAACACUGAUAUAGAAUACAAGACAAAAUCUUUAACGCACAAUGACACUCUAAAUGUAUCAAAAACCACUGAACUAACAAAUUCAGAGUUUAGUAGUAAAACUCUUCACAUGUCCGUAUCAGCACCAAGCCUUCAACGGUCAGACCAAGCAACAGAUGUUCACAACUUGGAAGAUCAGCAACUGAACUACAAGAACAAGACGUUUUCCAUAUCCAAUCUGAACCUUCUCCUCCCAUACUACUUCAAUCUGCCCUCCAGAGUUUCCUUGAAAGUACCAAGUGAAGGUCAGAGUUCACAGGUCAUGUUUCAGGUCGGAGGUGAUGAUGAGAAGUCAAGUGAGGAUAGUAGACUUGAUGAUGGAGCAUUCAGCAUUGCAGGGAAGGGAUUUCGUGGAUCUCCUCUACUACAGACAGUGUCAUGAGUUUUUUAUGAAAUAAAACACAACGUAUACACAUGUAUGAGGCGCUUAAUACGGUUGUUUCUCACCUUACAUUCAGUAUUUUCCUUCAAGGUAUGUGGGACUACGUUUGAGUUAUUAUGAGACCUACUCCUUUUACAUAG